AUGGCCGACAAAAGCAGCGCCAAAGUGCGCUCCCCAUCCCAGGAGAAGGCGUUGGACGAGAAGAUCGAGCAGAUCCAGCGCAAAAACAAGGAGCUUGAGGAAAGAUCGAAGGUAAUUUUUGGGACAAAUAGGACUCAUACUAUUCAUCUACUCUAAAUUUUCGGUGUUUUAGGUUUUUAAAAUACGAAAAAAUCGCAAAAGAAAAUGAAAAAAAUUCAAAAUUUUCCGAGAAAAAAUCAAAAAUUUUUUCAAGCAAAAAAUCUCGAAUUAUAUAUUAAGCUAGCUUAUAAGCUCAUUAGACAAUCUCAAAGCCAUUUUUCAGGUCCGCCAAAGCGAGGCCAAACAGAUCCAUCAAGUGAAGACCAUCGAAGGGAAGAAGGAAAAGAAAGAGUCAUCGCCCAAGGCGGAAAAGAAGGAGAGGCCAGAGAAGGAAAAUUCCGAAAGCCGAAACUCCAAUGGAAGGGAAUGGGAUACCGGCAAAACACCGUAAGCACUUUUUUCAGCAAAAUUUUGAACUAAUUUCCAAAAAUUUAUGAGAAAAAUUGUAAGUAACUGAAAAAUCUUGUUUGUUUCGAAAUUUAAUCGAUAGAUUUGCCUCAAAUUUUGCGUAGACAUUCUAGAGAGACGUCAGAUCAAUCACGGAGAUUCUUACAGUGGUGGACCUGAUCCAGUGACAAAAAACGUACCAUUUUGCAUCCAGGAAGUAUCAAAAAUGUGGCAAAAUGCUUCCCUGUCCAAGUGGAAAAACUUCGUUUUGAAGGGCGCGCUCUUUUUUCCUCACCAAAAGAGCGGACGCGCUUUUAAAAUCGGAGUUUUUUCACUUGGAGAGGGAGGUGUUUUGCCACAUUUUUUGAUGCUUCCUGGAUGCAAAAUGGUACGUUUUUUGCCACUGGAUCAGGUCCCCCACUGUAGCCUGCACUUUGAAAUCUAAUUUUAACCAAUGCCACUUUUCAGCGCCGAGCAAUGGAAGAUGAAUGUCCCGGAAUUCGGCGACGGCGCCGCGACCAGCCGCCGUCGGCGUUUUGGGCCCGGCCACGGCCGUCGACGACCCAAUCCCCGUCCCGGAUUCCAGCAUGACGAUCGAUUCGCCGCGAAUGGAGAUGCGGAAAAGGUUGAGGGCGCCGAAAGCGGAGAGAACCCGGAUUCUCGGCCUCCGCGACGAUUCAACAACCGAAGAAGAGGGCCUAGAGCGCCAAGAGAGCCGAAAGAGGGCGAAGAGGGAGUUGCGGAAGGAGAGGCUAGACUACCGGGACAACGACGAGGACCUCCAAGACACCAUGAGGAAGGCCAUGAACAGGGUCAUCAUUAUCAUGGUGGGCAUGGUCAACAGAGACCGCAUAGAGGAGGACCAAAGAGAGAUAUCUUUGAGAGAGUCGCCAAGGUCGAUGAGAAUGUAAGUACAGUCACGGACCCAAUCCAGUGCAAAAAACGUAACAUUUUGCAUCCGGGAAGCAUCAAAAAUGUGGCAAAAUGCUUCCCUCUCCAAGUGAAAAAACUUCGUUUUUAAGGGCGAGCCCUCUCCCUCACAAAAAGAGGAUUGUUUCACUUGGAGAGGGAGGUAUUUUGCUACAUUUUUUGUUACUUCCCGGAUGCCAAAUGGUACGUCUUUUGCCGCUGGAUCAGGUCCGCCACUUUAGGGCAUGAUAUCACUCCGAAAAUUCGAUUGGAUCAACACUCAUCUAAUUUCAGGGAGAAGCAGUGCCAUUCCGCGGCCCACGGCCUCGUCGUGGACCUCCACGACCAAUCACGGCUCGAAAACCAUUCGAGGUAGGCGGUUUUCACACAAAUUUACUCUAGCAUCACUGCAGUGAGGGACCUGAUCUAGUGGCAAAAAACGAACAAUUUUGCGUAUCAAAAAAUGUGGCAAAAUACCUCCCCCUCCAAGUGAAAAAAUCCCCUUUUUGUGAGGGGAGGGCUCGCCCAUCAAAACGAAGUUUUUUUCACUUGGAGAGGGAGGCAUUUUGCCACAUUUUUUGAUACUUCCCGGAUGCAAAAUUAUACGUUUUUGCCACUGGAUCAGUCCGUAACUGUAUCAACAUAUCUUUUGAUUCAAAAACUAAUCAAAACCAAUAACUUUUCAGCCCAGAUCCAAGGCACCUCGAUCGAAUGCCGACCCGAAACGUCGAAGUGCGGCUUCGGAAAACGGCGAGAAUACGGAGAAGCCGGUGGAAGGAAGGCCACCACGUAGAAAUCCACAUGGUCGUCGGCCAAGACCUCAGCAGAGCGAAGAGAAGGGCGAAAAUGGCGAGGUUCAGGCGGUGAAAAAGAGAAAGGUCUACAAACCUAGACGUAAGUGACUAAAAUACGGUCAAAUCUUGAAAAUUAGAAUGUAAAACUUAACCAAACUUAGUAUGAAUGAUAGACAAGACCUCUAGAGUCUUCAGAAAGAAAAAUUCGUAGCAAAAAGUCCUGCCCUCAGGGUAAAUAGCCAAAAAUUGCAAUUUUCCGCAAUUUUUGGUCCGAAAAUCACAAUGUCAUCAAAUUUCUUAAUUUUCCCUAUUUUUUCAGCGAACCGCCCUGUCCCAGACAAGGUUCAGGUCCGUCAAGUUGUUCGUCAAAUGGUUGGCCGAGUGUGCGCCGAAGAACGCCGCGAAAAGAAGGGAAUCGCGGCCGCCAAAGAGACCGAACUCUGA